AGAGGGCUGUACACGUUUAGCAUGCAAGGACAAUACUCUUAAAUGGCGCCUGUCAAAAGGAAACUAUACGACCGCUUGCUCCUUUUCUCGGUUUACCUCCAAAUCUCAGGUGCGCUGAGCUUCAGCGAGCUGUUUUUCGUCGGAGAGCCGCAGGGCGUGACGGUGGUCCGGGGCGACGCGGUGGUUCUGGACUGCCAGGCCCAGGGAGCGGCGCCCAUCACGGUCCGCUGGCUCCGGAACGGGCUCCAGCUGGCCGAGAGUGAGCGGAUCCACCGCCUGCCCAACGGAUCGCUCUACGUGGCCGAGACGGAGAGCAGGAAGGGAGACAAAUCAGACGAGGGCUCCUAUCAGUGCCUGGCUCAGAACAAGCACGGCGCCGUCCUGAGCCAGAAGGCCCGACUGACAAUCGCAAGUAUCUCCUCCUUCACGAGCCAGCCCUCCUCCAUCGUGGUGACCGAGGGCUCCGUGGGACGGCUGGCCUGCAGCAUUAACUCCAACCCCCCCCCCAUCAUCACCUGGGAGUUCAACCGUGUCACCCUGCCCCUGAGCACUGAAAGACUCACCGUGCUUCCCGGUGGCGUUCUCCAGAUCCACGCCGUGCGGGCGGAAGACGCCGGCAACUACCGCUGCAUAGCAACCAACAUCGCCAACCGCCGCCGCAGCGUGGAGGCCACGCUCACCGUCACGCCCGCCCUCCUCCCCCCUCCCCCCCAGAGGCCCCUGAUCGUGGCGGGGCCCCAGAACACCUCGGUGGCCCUGCACCACAGCGCGGUGCUGGAGUGCCUGGCGACGGGCAGCCCGCGGCCCCUGAUCUCCUGGAGCCGCGCCGACGGGCGCUCCAUCGACGUGCACCACAGCCGGGUGCUCGGCAACGGGAACCUGGUGCUGUCCGCCGCGCGGCCGCAGCACGCCGGGGUGUACGUGUGCCGCGCCUCCACGCCCGGGACCCGCACCCACAGCCUGGCCCACGCCAACGUCACCGUGCUCGCCCCGCCCUCCCUGGUGGAGGCCCCCCAGAGCCUGACCCGCCCCCGCGCCGGGACGGCCCGCUUCGUGUGCGCGGCGGCCGGCGCCCCCGCCCCCCUCGUCACCUGGCUGAAGAACGGCGAGAGGGUUCGCCCCAACGGCCGCGUCAAGAUGUACAACAGCAAACUGGUGAUCAACCAGCUCACGGCGGAGGACGACGGCGUGUACCAGUGCCAGGCGGAGAGCGCGCUGGGCUGCGUCCUGGCCGCGGCGCGGCUGGUGGUGGUGGUGUCGGAGGACCGGCCCAGCGCCCCGCGCGGCCUGCGGGCCGAGGCCGUGUCCAGCACCGCAGUGCUGCUGGCCUGGGACCGCCCCCUCUACAACGCCGCCAAGGUCAUCGCCUACUCCGUCCACUACAUGAAGGCCGAAGGCAUGAACAACGAGGAGUACCAAGUCGUCAUCGGCAACGACACGACGCGCUACAUCAUCGACGACCUGGAGCCCGCGCGGAACUACACCUUCUACAUCGUGGCCUACAUGCCCAUGGGCGCCAGCUGCAUGUCGGACCCCGUGGUGGGCAAGACGCUGGAAGACGUCCCGCUGAGGGCCCCUGAGCUCAGCCUGACCAGCCGCAGCCCGACGGACAUCGCGGUGUCCUGGGCGCCGCUGCCUGCCAAGCUGAGCCGCGGCCGCGUCACGGCGCUCCGGCUGGCGUUCCGCAGCGGCGCCGAGCCGACGCCCACCACGCUGGAGCUCCCCGGGGGGCGGGGCCAGCACCUGCUGACGGACCUCCACCCCGACACCACCUACCUGCUGCGCAUCACGGCCGCCACCGGGGCUGGCUGGGGCGAGCCCUCCGCCUGGACCUCCCACCGCACCCCCAAGGCUUCCAGCGGCAAAGUGCCCCUGGCCCCCCUGCUGACCGUUGACCCCCUGAACUGCACCACCCUCAGCCUCAGCUGGUCCCUGGCCCCGGGCCACGCCGUCCGGGUCCUGGGCUACCGGGUCUACUACCACGAGGAGAGCCGCCCCGAGGGCCCCGCCCUGCUGCUGAGGCCCUCCGACAGCCGACACACCAUAGGAGGCCUGGACCCCAGGAAGAAGUAUCACGUGAAGAUCCUGGCCUUCAACGCCCUUGGAGACGGUUACCACGCCGACCGGACCGUCAGCACUCCCGGAUGUGUCUCGGUGCGGGACCGCCUGGUGCCUCCGCCCCCCCCGCCCCACCACCUCCACGCCCAGACCAACAGCUCCAGCCGCAUGUUCCUGCACUGGGCCCGGCCCGCCUUCACCAGCCGCACCCUCAACUACACCGUCCGCUGCCACGCCCACGGGCUGAAGAACGCCUCGCUGGUGCUCUACCUGCAUACGAGUGAAGAGAAGCUGGUGGUCCGGGACCUGGAGCCCAACACCCGCUAUGAGUUCGCCAUCCGGCUGCACCUGGACCAGCUGUCCAGUCCCUGGAGCCCCGUGGUCUACCAGAGCACCUUCCCCGAGGCCCCGACGCAGCCCCCCUCCCAGGUCAAGGUGUCCCUGGUGCAGGACUCCACGGCGCUGGUGUCCUGGAGGCUCCCGGCCCGGGACCAGCUGGGGGUGACGCACUACACCAUCCUGUACGCCUCCAGGAAGGCCUGGGCCGCCGGCCAGUGGCAGGUGCUGCAGAGAGACGGGGGCAGCAGCAUGGCUCUGCUGGAGAGGCUGCAGCCCGGCCAGGUGUACCUGGUCAAGGUGUCGGCCUCCAACCAGAUGGGUGAUGGGCCCUUCUCCCCCCCCGUGGAGCUGGCCCUGGGGCCCGACACUGGCUCCCACCAUGCCCACGGCCCCCCGCACAACCCAGUUUCCUCUGAGGGUUUCUUGGCCCUGAACCAGACACCGCUGACGGCCGUGCUGGUGGGCGUGUGCGUGGCUUUGCUCUGCAUCAUGUCCGCCAUCAUCAUCGCCUGCAGAGGCCAGAGCAGGAAACUAUUGGCUGCUGAUAAGUACACUGAGAGGACAGGUGGAGGUCUGGGUGGAGGUCUGGGUGGAGGUCUGGUUGGAGCAGGCGUUCGGAGGUCUGAAGCCCAGGGGGAAGAUGAAGAGAUUGUGAUGCCCAUGAUGAGUGGAGACCACUUUAUCGAUGCCAAGGGGGGAACGGACCUGAUGAUCAACAGCCUGGGGCCGGUGAAGCCCCUCCCUGAGGAGAAGAGGAAGAAGAAGUGGGGGUUCUUCAGGAGGGACCAGAAGAACGUGGAGGAGAUACAGGUGCCGACCAGCGGAGCCGGGAGGCCGCUGUCCUACCACCAGGGGGCCACGGCCCUGUGCUACGAGGUGGAGCUGUCCCCCCGCCGGGGCCCGGGCCCCCAGGGGCCCUGCCUCGACACCGAGGGCUCGUCGGGCAGCGAGGGCAGCCAGGACACGGGCGACUCCGGCCGCUACUCCCACGACGGCACCGAGAUGGCCGUCCUCUGCUCUGGCCUCCGCAGCCGGCCCGCCUCGCUCAGCACGGAGGAGAGCGGGGGGUCGGAGGUCAGCCGGGAGGAGCUGGAGGAGCAGGAGCUGGAGGAGCCGGAGCUGGAGGAGCAGGAGGAAGAGAAGCUGCGCCAUUCGGGCCUGAAGAUAAUGGUGACCGCUGAGAUAAGCUGCCAUCAGUACCAACAGACCCAGAACGGCUCCCAGCCGGCACUUUCUCUGUGUGUGUAACUGUCAGCGUGUGUGAGCGUGUGACUGUUGAUCAUUGUUAGUGUGUGAGCGUGUGCGUGAGAGAGAGCGUGACAGAGACCUGGCUGCCCAGUAUUUGCUGUUGUUCUAAGAGACAAUGAACAGAAGCAGACCAAGGUCACCACGGCUGGGAUGUGUUCUUCAACAUCUCCUCUGAGUGAAUGUUUUCUUUCUUUUAUUUCUGUUUGUAUGUUUGCUCGUUUUCCGAAGAGAAAUCUCACCCACCAUGAAUGUUUCAAAAGAUUGUCAAAGAAUGUGAAUGUUGACAUUUCUCGGCAGUACUUAGCAGUUUUUUCACUGGAGCAGCGAUGGACGCCAGAGUCCCUUAGUGUUUGAGGCGUCUCUCAGCCGUUCCCCAACGUA